CAGGAGAAGUAUUUAGUAUACAACAGACCGUUGCAUGGCGUGGUCAACCACAAUCGAUGUACUGACCUACAAAUCGAAGUCAAACCAUCUUUCUGCUUUCUCUCGUCUUCGCGCUUGACAAUGUUCGAAUUUUAAAAUGUGACAUAUCUGCAGAAACGCAAAGCUCGCUCAGUUCGCUCGAAAAUGAAUUUCGGAAAAUUUAUUUUCCGACUCUUCUUCGUUCUUUUCUGUGUUCAUCAGCCAGUGUUUGCUGGUAGGUCUCUGGGUUUCAAUUUUCCCGGACUAAGGCUGAAUGAUGGACCACCACCUGCCGUCAAAAGUUUCGAUGGGAGUAGGUUGAAGGAGGAUUCCUUACUGAUGGUGUACUACCACGAUCUGAGUGUUGCCAUAGUGGAGUUGGGGCCUAAGAAAUUACUGCUCAAUUGUGAUGUCAUAGAAAUUUACUCACCCUCAGAUGUGGACAAAGCCAUGGGUCCUCUAAGGGAUAAAACAACCCCAGUUCCAAUUACUUUUGAUGAGAUGGUGCAUCUGAUGAACCAGUGCGUGCAGGUGGAUAGAAUUAAUAGAAGACACAAGGUCCCAGUGAAUAGAAAAUGCCAGGAAGAACAGAAAAACUUCACAUCUAGGGUGGAAGAAGCUAAAGCUAUCUUGAACAGUCAAUUAGUUCUGCUCAGUGGAAUCAUACCAGGAACCAAAUGGUGUGGUACUGGAGAUAUAGCGAAAAACUACCACGACUUGGGUGACGACGUGGCAACAGACAUGUGCUGUCGGAACCAUGAUUUAUGCCCAGUGAAAAUAAGAGCAUAUUCCAAGAAAUAUGAUCUGAAUAACGAGUCCUUAUAUACAAAAUCUCACUGCACUUGCGAUGAUAUCUUCUACAAGUGUAUGAAAAAGCAAAAUACCAAGUCCGCUCAAAUUUUAGGACACAUCUAUUUCAAUUUAGUCAAAGUGCCUUGUGUGCAAGAUGGAAACGAAGGCAAAUCCUUCAGAAAAGCCAAAGAAUUUUAGUUGUGAAUGGUUAACAGUUCUGAGUUCAACCUUGUAAAUCGAUAUCACAAUUAGACAUCUAAGACAAUACCCAUAAAACAACUGAACAAAAACUUUCAUGAAACAGUAUAUAUAUUAGAGAAUAAAAUAUUUUUAUCAAAAAAUGGGAGGCUUAACUAUAACCUUUUCUUAGACAAUAUGA